UUAACCAAAAAGACAUUCAGUUAUCAUGAGUGAUUUCCAAACUUGGUACCAACAGGUACCGCCUCUCACACGCAUUUGGCUGACCGCAACAAUUGCCAUUUCGUUGUUAGCCAAAAUUGGUUUGCUGCCGAUGGGUUAUCUCAUCCUGCAGUACUAUCCUUUAUUCUACCAGCUGCAACUAUGGAGACCCAUGACUUCGGUAUUAUUCUAUCCGUUGAAUCCUGGAACUGGGUUCCAUUUCAUGAUGAACUGCUUUUUCCUAUACAAUUACUCACUGCGGCUUGAGUCUGAUCAUUACAAGCAAAAACCAGGUGACUACUUUUAUAUGCUUUUUUUCAACUGGUUCCUAUGCGUCAUCAUUGGUCUAGUGGUUGACUUGCCUAUCCUCAUGGAUCCGAUGGUUUUAUCAGUGCUGUACGUGUGGUGCAAAUUGAAUCAGGAUGUGAUUGUAAAUUUCUGGUUCGGUAUGCGUUUCAAGGCGAUGUACCUUCCAUGGGUGUUACUCGGAAUCAACAUGAUACUUUCUUCAGGAAGUGUUUUCUCGCUCGUGGGCAUCUUCGUCGGACAUGCUUACUACUUCCUCAAAUUCAGCUACCCCACUGAACUGGGAGGACCUAGCCUAAUCGACACGCCGUUUUUCAUCAAACGCUAUUUCCCCGACGUGCAGGGUGGUGUUCAUGGUUUUGGUGUGCCACCGGUUGGACAACGCCCGGUACAACAACAGCAGCCAGGAACGCGACAAACCUGGGGUCAUGGUCAUACGCUAGGUCGUGAAUGAAAAGAUGAAACAACGGAAAUUACUGUACAUAAAUCAUAGAAAACCUAAACGUCAGGCUAGGGAAGUGUUUAAAAAUUGUUCGGCAUCAUUGUCACGAUAAAAUCCAGCUCGUCGUCAUCAUCCUAUUCGAAACCUCUUCUCUCCUUAUCGUUGCCAGAGUGUCACCUCUUCUAUGUACUAUCAUACAUGUAUUUCGUUGCGAUUUAACCUGUUUUCAAGAGAGAAAAAACGGCAAAAAUAACUAGGAACUGCUAGGAAGAGAAUCGUCAUGUUUGUAUUGUAAUAAAUAUUU